UCAUUCCCGCCAUAUUUGACCACCCGAUGGCCCGCAAAUCUGCGAACUCCAAGGAAAGCAUCUCGCGGUUGGGAAAUCCUGCCAUCCAUUUCCAAAGCUUAAUUUCCUGACACCUGAGAUGGAGGCCAACGACGGCGGCAAGAUGCACGUCGUGAUGCUGCCAUGGCUGGCCUUCGGCCACGUGCUCCCCUUCACGGAGUUCGCCAAGCGCGUGGCCCGGCAGGGCCACCGGGUCACCCUCCUGUCCGCGCCGAGGAACACCCGCCGGCUGAUCGACAUCCCGCCGGGCCUCGCCGGCCUCAUCCGCGUCGUGCACGUCCCGCUGCCGCGCGUCGACGGCCUGCCGGAGCACGCCGAGGCGACCAUCGACCUGCCCUCCGACCACCUCCGACCGUGCCUGCGCCGCGCCUUCGACGCCGCCUUCGAGCGCGAGCUCUCGCGGCUGCUCCAGGAGGAGGCGAAGCCGGACUGGGUCCUCGUCGACUACGCGUCGUACUGGGCGCCCACGGCCGCGGCGAGGCACGGCGUGCCGUGCGCGUUCCUCAGCCUGUUCGGCGCCGCGGCGCUCAGCUUCUUCGGGACCCCUGAGACGCUCCUCGGCAUCGGGAGGCACGCCAAGACGGAGCCGGCGCACUUGACGGUCGUCCCCGAGUACGUCCCGUUUCCGACCACCGUCGCGUACCGUGGCUACGAGGCGCGCGAGCUGUUCGAGCCGGGCAUGGUCCCGGACGACUCCGGCGUGUCGGAGGGCUACCGGUUCGCCAAGACCAUCGAAGGGUGCCAGCUCGUGGGCAUCAGGAGCAGCUCGGAGUUCGAGCCGGAGUGGCUGCGGCUGCUCGGCGAGCUCUACCGGAAGCCAGUGAUCCCGGUGGGCCUGUUCCCUCCGGCGCCGCAGGACGACGUCGCCGGCCACGAGGCGACGCUGCGCUGGCUGGACGGACAGGCGCCAAGCUCCGUCGUGUACGCGGCCUUCGGCAGCGAGGUGAAGCUGACGGGCGCGCAGCUGCAACGUAUAGCUCUCGGCCUGGAGGCGUCCGGGCUGCCCUUCAUCUGGGCAUUCAGGGCACCGACGUCGACCGAGACCGGCGCAGCCUCCGGCGGCUUGCCCGAGGGCUUCGAGGAGCGGCUCGCCGGCCGGGGAGUCGUGUGCCGAGGCUGGGUGCCGCAGGUGAAGUUCCUGGCCCAUGCAUCAGUCGGGGGGUUCCUGACGCACGCCGGCUGGAACUCGAUCGCCGAGGGCCUGGCGCACGGCGUGAGGCUGGUGCUGCUGCCGCUGGUGUUCGAGCAGGGCCUCAACGCCAGGAACAUAGUGGACAAGAAUAUCGGCGUGGAGGUGGCGCGGGACGAGCAGGACGGAUCGUUCGCGGCCGGCGACAUCGCGGCGGCUCUGAGGAGGGUCAUGGUGGAAGACGAAGGCGAGGGGUUCGGGGCCAAGGUGAAGGAGCUGGCCAAAGUGUUCGGGGACGACGAGGUGAAUGAUCAGUGCGUGAGAGAGUUUCUCAUGCACCUGUCGGACCACAGCAAAAAGAACCAAGGACAGGACUGAAACUUUCAAAUAUCAUCAACUAUCUUUCAGUGAA